CCUUAAAAUAUAUUCUUUUAAAAACCUUUAGUUGUAAUAAUAAUGUCAACAGACAAAGAAACUAAAAUAGAAAUAUGCUGUUUGCUUGAGAAUUCAGAACGUUGUAAGCGUGUAUCAGGGAAUGCUAGCUUCAACUUUCGUGUUCAAAAACUUGUGGAACAAAGAAAGCUAAAGUUUUCACUUGACCAAAAUGCAAGACAUAGAUAUAUAUGCGAUUUUCACAAAAACAUUAUAAAGAAAGCAAGAAAUAAAAGAAAAAGAAAAGAUUCAGAUGAAGAAAAUGAAAGCCCAGAGGUUGAACUCAGCCAACUUCAAAUUGCAACAUUAAGACGUUAUAAAAGAUAUUAUCGAAUCCCAACUCGACCUGGUAUGAGCAAAUCUCAGCUUAUUGAGUCAAUCAGUAAACAUUUUAAAGGAAUUUCUGUUCCUGAAAAAGAAACAAUUACCUAUUUUAUUUAUAUGGUUAAGACACAGAGAAGUAAAUUUGAUCAACACCCAAUAGAUGCUGCUUAAGUAAGUUUACUGUAGACUGAGCUUUCCAAUUAAUUCAAGGCAUUGGAAAAGAACAAAAAUGAGAUAUCCCAUGAUGCUUGUGUUUUUUAGCAAAUACAUUGUUAACAUCACAGCAUACAAGAAAAUAAAUAAUUAAGAAUGAGAUAGUGUAACUCAAGUUUGGAAAAAUGGAAGUUGUUUUUAUGCUAAUUUUAUUCUAUUGGAAUAUUUCUAUGUUGAAGUUUUUGCAACGUUCAUAUAAUUGCUUCUGUAAUUAAAGUAUAAAGCUUUCAUGGAUACCAAAAUUGGUCAGUGGAAGUGUCGUUAAUUCACUGUGCGUAUAGAGACGAUUUUUUAUGAAUUUAUGCUUGCAAUAUUCGUAAUGUCUGGUUGUCAUGGGUUCAUGUCUGCAAUAACAGUUACGUUAUUGACCUUUUAAUAUAUGAAUUGUUUUUAAAAUCAGACUAAAAAAACUUGUAUAGAAUUAAGUUAACAAUGAAGUUUAAUGAGAUAAA